AAUGGUACAGGCAGCAUCACGCUGCACAAUGGUUUCCAGGCAGUGAAAGGGAGUGAUUCAGCAGGGCACUCUUCUUUUUCAACACCUCCCCUUCUCCUUUUAUUUUUAUGGGGGUGGGUGGUGCUUCUUGUACGCUUGCCUUUUUUCUUUUCUUUUUCCAUUUUUACAAAUUUCUUUUCAUCUUCCUCAUCGCUCAAUUCCUAGGGGCUUGAGUGAGUUUAAGACUGGAUCCUCUUGGAGAUCAACUGUCAAUCAUUCGUUUUAAACCGUUUCCCCACCUCCAAACAAUCUCUUCCUUAUGAUUAUUUGGAAUGUGGGCAACUAAAACCAAGUAGAGGGGAUUCUGGGGCCAAUACUGCCGGAUCAGGAUCGUAGUUUUCAGACACGGAAUGGCUAGCAUGAGAAACACCUCCAGCAGGACCACCUCAAAUUUUGGUUAUGGCAACUCAUGCAAGAAGCUGUUGAAUUAGACACAUUUCUGUAGAUGAGAAACCAUAUACGCAGUGGUAUUUAUGAGCCUCCAUUUCUUAUACUACUGCAGUGAACCAACCUUGGAUGUGAAAAUUGCCUUUUGUCAGGGAUUCCAUAAACAAGUGGAUGUGUCAUAUAUUGCCAAACAUUACAACAUGAGCAAAAGCAAAGUGGACAACCAGUUCUACAGUGUGGAAGUUGGAGACUCAACCUUCACAGUUCUCAAGCGUUACCAGAACCUGAAGCCAAUCGGCUCUGGGGCUCAGGGAAUAGUUUGUGCUGCGUAUGAUGCUGUCCUUGACAGAAAUGUGGCCAUUAAGAAGCUCAGCAGACCUUUUCAGAACCAAACUCAUGCCAAGAGAGCUUACCGGGAGCUGGUCCUCAUGACGUGUGUGAACCACAAAAACAUUAUUAGCUUAUUAAAUGUCUUCACACCCCAGAAAACACUGGAGGAGUUCCAAGAUGUUUACCUAGUAAUGGAACUGAUGGAUGCCAACUUGUGUCAAGUGAUUCAGAUGGAAUUAGACCAUGAGCGAAUGUCUUAUCUACUAUACCAAAUGCUGUGUGGCAUCAAGCAUCUCCACUCUGCUGGAAUUAUUCAUAGGGAUUUAAAGCCAAGUAACAUUGUAGUCAAGUCUGAUUGCACAUUGAAAAUCCUCGACUUUGGGCUGGCCAGGACCGCGGGCACCAGCUUCAUGAUGACUCCGUAUGUGGUGACGCGUUAUUACAGAGCCCCUGAGGUCAUUCUGGGAAUGGGCUACAAGGAGAACGUGGAUAUAUGGUCUGUGGGAUGCAUUAUGGGAGAAAUGGUUCGCCACAAAAUCCUCUUUCCAGGAAGGGACUAUAUUGACCAGUGGAAUAAGGUAAUUGAGCAACUAGGAACACCAUGUCCAGAAUUCAUGAAGAAGCUGCAGCCCACUGUAAGAAACUAUGUAGAGAAUCGGCCCAAGUAUGCUGGACUCACCUUCCCCAAGCUCUUUCCAGAUUCCCUCUUCCCAGCGGAUUCUGAGCACAAUAAACUUAAAGCCAGCCAAGCCAGGGACUUGUUGUCAAAGAUGCUAGUGAUUGACCCAGCCAAAAGGAUAUCCGUGGAUGAUGCCUUACAGCAUCCGUACAUCAAUGUGUGGUACGACCCUGCUGAGGUGGAAGCGCCUCCACCUCAGAUAUAUGACAAACAGCUGGAUGAAAGAGAACAUACCAUUGAUGAGUGGAAAGAACUUAUCUACAAGGAAGUCAUGAAUUCAGAAGAAAAGACUAAAAAUGGCGUAGUAAAAGGACAACCUUCUCCUUCAGCACAGGUGCAGCAGUGAACAGCAGUGAGAGUCUCCCUCCAUCCUCGUCCGUCAAUGACAUCUCCUCCAUGUCCACCGACCAGACCCUGGCAUCCGACACUGACAGCAGCCUGGAAGCCUCGGCGGGACCCCUGGGUUGCUGCAGGUGACUAGCCGCCUGCCUGCGAAACCCAGCAUUCUUCAGGAGAUGAUACGAUAGAACACACACACACAGACACAACACACACACACACACACAUGAAAACACACAUGCACACACACACACAUGCAGACAUGCAAUGUCAAGAACAUAGCAAGGGAGAGAAUCCAAAUCUAAAUUUAAAACCAAUCUUUUAGCCUGCUUCUUCCUUCUCCAAAGUUCUGUAUUGCAGCAAAGCUCAAGUGUAUAUUUAACUUCUAGUUGCUCUUGCUUUGGUCUCCUUCCAAUGAUGCUUACUACAGAACAGCAAAUUGAACACGAUUAGAGAAGCCUUUCCCGUAAAGUGUCAUUUAAAUGGCUGCAAAACCAGCAACCUGUAACUGCCCUUUCAAAUGGCAUGACAAGGUGUGCAGUGGUCCCAUCCAGCAUGUGUGUCUCUAUCUCGCAUCUACCUGCUCCUUUUGGCCUAGUCAGAUGGAUGUAGAUACAGAUCCGCAUGUGUCUGUAUUCAUACAGCACUACUUAGAGAUGCUACUGCCAGUGUCCUCAGGGCUCUUCCAAGAUACCAUGCACUGGGGUACCCAUGGUCCAUUUCGUGUGAUCUAUUACUCUGACAUAAACCCAUCUGUACUAUAUUGCCAAUAUAUACACUGUUUAGUUUGCUAAUUGAUUAAGCUGUAUGUCUUAUAAGAAAACAUGUAAAGGGGGAGGGGGGAAAUGGAGGGAGUGAGCACUUGGAACAUUGAAGAUGUAGCUUCUAAAUUUGAAUCGAUUAAAUGGCACCUGUAUACCAA